AUGCAAAAUGAUAAUCCGUACGGUGAUAUUACCGGAUCCCAACGUGAUCCACAGAAACAACAGCAACAACAACAGCAACAACAGCAACAGCAGCAGCAGCAGCAGCAACAGCUUCAGCAACAGCAAGUCCCUAGACAGUCCUAUGUGACCGUUCCCCCCUCACAUCAACAACAGUAUACCGCUCCUCAACAAAUCAUCUACCAACAACCCCAGUUUUUCACUCCCCAGCACCAAAGACAAACUUCUGGCAGCUCCAUGGCUCAACUGGAUACACAUAAUGCCCUUUUUGAUUUCCCUAGUCAGCCCCAAGCACCGUCUCAACUGCAAACUCAAUUUGGCACAACAAGCCCCGCGGCCUGGCCUUUAGGACAUAGACGAAAUCAACCAAGUAUUUCAACAGCUUUGGGGUCUUUUCACAUGGAACAUGCAGAUAUGGGCACAUAUGUGAACCCACAAUCUCAACCUCAAGUUGAUCCAGGCAUGUAUUUGCAGCCUUCCCCAUCGAUUCAGCCAUUUGGAACCUCGCAGUCUGAACAGCUUGCGCCGAUGAUGAAGGAGGAUUCCAAACUUCAACAGGCCUUGGAGUCUCUUCGGAUGGAAAUCUCCCUGAAGGACUUGGCCAAGCAGUAUCGAAUCACUUACGAGGAUAUGAAAUCAGUUUCCAAAGAUGUAGAUAGUAAAGAGUUCCAUGAAAAGGAAAGACUUCGUCAAGUGUUUACAAUAAGGUGUCUACUUCAAUUUCUCUAUAUUCCCUCAGAAAGGGAAAUCCGGCAACGGCAGAGAGAAAGUAAUCAACACUCGCAUUCGCCAAAUAGAUCCACGAGUCUUAUUGCCUCUGUCCCCCGUGUUCAUGUUUAUGCCACAUACCACCGUUUGACAGAAAGCUGUCAUGUAGAGCCUUUUGGAUCCUCUUCUUUAGGUAAACUUCUCAGAAUCACAUUUUCAGGCAUUCAGACAAAACGUCUUGGGACUAGAGGCCAAUCAAAAUAUCAUUAUAUGGGCAUAGACAUUAAACCAGAGUAUCUAAAACUGAGCACAGUCUCUGAUAUCGAUGCUAAGGGUAAGUUCUCUAAUAGAGCUAUAGAAGCAUCCCUGAGAGAGCAAUCACACGCAAAAAACAAAAAAAGUCAGCAUCAUCUGUUUGAAUUGAAACAGAAUCUAGAUGUGACCGAACAUAUCGAAUCCCCUUUCCAUUCAUACAUUAACAAUUAUACUGAAAUCCCAUCAAACCAGGCCUUACAGUUGAUUGCGGUAUCCCCGCACAUGGAGUCUCCAACUUCACCAUCAUUUCACCAAAACUUGAUGCUAGGAAGCUCAGAUACCUUGCUCAAAAUAAUAGAAACUGAAAAUUCUUCUCUUCUAGAUGACCUCCAAGUUUACUUUGACGUGAGCGUGUUGCUAUUGAGUGACGCCAGGGUGGUGAAGCAGCUAGUCUAUAGUGAAAAUCUACUUUUGGUAGCCAACCAGUUCAUGGGUUUUUUGGAUGCAGGCACAACUUCCCUUGACUCUGAAAGAGUCAGGGCCUUGCAUUCAUUCAUAAAUAUCCUUUCCAAGUUUCUUAAAGGUCUCAAGUUGAAUGAAGAGUUUGAAAGAGUGAUUGCUGAUGCUCUGAUAAAAGAUUCACUGGUGGACGAGCUUAGCUCUGUUGCAGCAGGUUCUUUUGGAACUUGGGAAGAAUUUAAUAACCUAGUAUUUGAUUCUGAAUCAAAGAAAUGUCUCCAGACCUUUGGUAUCUCCGAGUCCACAAACAUAGCCAAUAUCCUAAUCGAAUUUUUCAACAGAGAGAUUCCGGAUUUUCUUAUUACAUUGACAAAUACGAAUGAGGUGGAUAUUCAACUACUAACAGGCUUAGUUCCACUGAUUGUCAAUUUAUUUUCCAAGAUCAGAGAAGCCCUUGGUAACCAAUCACUUCGGCUUCAAAGCUUUUUGAUGAUGUUUGACGUGUUUCAGACAAUCGUCUUGAAGUACGUUACCUUCAGAGUCGAUGAUGCACUUGCAGAAUCCCGGAAGAGCGUCACCUAUAAUCUAUGGCUGUUAUGCUCAUCCAUUAAUGAGUGGUUGACUUUUAUCUCUGAGACCUUUGGGCUGUAUGAGAUGAUCCAAAAAGAAAAGGAAUCCGGUACUACAUAA